CGCACCGGGAGCGUUUCAGCAGCGGAGACUAUUGCCCGCCUGAUUUCGCAGACUUGCAGAUUUUGUUGAAAUGGUCAUUUUUCCUUGAAAUUUGUACCUCUACAAUAAGCGACACAGACACAUAAAAGGGUAGAGAUUUGCCAACUUUUCAAAAGUGUGGAUAUGGCAAAUACACUCGCAUUCUCAUCAGCAGAUAUGCAGGAACCAACUGGUCACCAUGACCUGAAUGAGCCACUUAUCGACCACUCAGAGGGCCAACACUUCUUGAAUGAAGCCUUCAAAAUUAUAAUCGAAGAGGUGCUCUGCAAGGGCACAGACAUCAAGCAGAAGGUUUGUGAGUGGAAGGAGCCGGAGGAGCUGGCUGUGCUGCUAGAUCUGGAGCUAAGGGCGACGGGGGAGCCACAACAUAGGCUCCUACAGAGAGUAAAAGAUGUUGCCAAGUACAGCAUCAAGACAAGUCACCCACGUUUUUUUAAUCAGCAGUUUGCAGGAGUGGACUAUCAUGCCUUGGCUGGACGAUUUGUAACGGAGGCACUCAACACUAACCUCUUCACCUAUGAGGUGGCCCCGGUGUUUGUGCUGAUGGAGAUGGAGGUCUUGAGAGGGCUGCGGCAGCUGGUUGGCUGGACACAAGGUGAUGGUCUUUUCUGUCCUGGUGGGUCUACUUCUAACAUGUAUGCCAUGAACCUCGCACGCUACAGACUCUUUCCUGAGGUCAAAAGCCAGGGGCUGUGGGGUCUCCCGCGACUUUCCGUCUUUACAUCUCCAGAGAGCCACUACUCUGUGAAGAAAGGGGCUGCUUUUCUGGGUAUUGGGACAGACAACGUCAUCAUGGUGAACGUAGAUGAUGGAGGCCAUAUGAUUCCAGAGGACCUUGAUGAAAAGAUACAACAAGCAAAAUCUCAGGGUGCAGUGCCUUUCCUUGUAAGCUGCACAGCAGGGACCACAGUGCAGGGUGCGUUUGACCCACUGGACCGCAUAGCUGAUGUCUGUGCAAAACACAAGCUCUGGAUGCAUGUUGAUGCUGCCUGGGGAGGGAGCGUGCUCUUUUCCAAGCAACACAGACAUCUGAUGAAAGGAGCUGACAGAGCAAACUCAGUAGCCUGGAAUCCACACAAGAUGCUGGUGGCCGGCCUGCAGUGCUCUGUCUUGCUGCUACAAGAUACCACGAACUUAUUACGGAAGUGCCACAGCGCCAACGCCACAUACCUCUUCCAGCAAGACAAAUUCUAUGAUGUGAAUCUGGACGUCGGGGAUAAGUCAGUACAGUGCAGCCGCAAGGUCGACUGUCUGAAGUUAUGGUUGAUGUGGAAAGCUGUUGGCUCCACUGGCUUGGCCGAGCGUGUAGACAAAGCUUUUGUUCAUGUAAGGUAUCUGGUAGAGCAGAUGAAGAAAAGAGAAGGAUUUCAUCUUUUGCGUGAGCCAGAGUUUGUGAAUGUAUGCUUCUGGUUUAUACCACCCAGUAUGAGAGGGAAGGAAGGAACUCCAGAUUACCAAGACAGAUUGGCAAAAGUGGCUCCAGUCAUCAAGGAACGCAUGAUGAAACAAGGCACUAUGAUGGUUGGCUACCAACCUUUGGGAAACAAGGUCAACUUUUUCCGCGUGACUGUUUUCUCUCCACUGAUUACACAAAAUGACAUGAACUUCUUCCUUGAUGAAAUUGAAAGACUUGGAAAUGACUUGUGAUGAAACAAUACAAUGUAUAAGAUGUGUACCCCUUCUCUAUCUAGAUUUUGGAGGUUAUGCACAAAGCCUGCCAUUGUGUCGCAAAUUAUAGCAAAUAAUCUAACUGUAACGAUUUAGAGAUGUGACUUGUUUGAUUUAGAAAGCUUUCAAGAUGUGACAAGAGAUACUAAACUCU